AUGGCCCACAAAAAGGCUGGCGGCAGUACCAACAAUGGUCGUGAUAGCAACGCAAAACGCUUGGGCGUCAAGCGCUACGGUGGCGAACGCGUCAGUUGCGGAUCCAUCAUCAUCCGGCAGCGUGGCACUCGCAUUCUGCCAGGGAACCAACGUUGGACUGGGCCGGGACCACACCAUUUUCGCCAAGGUGGACGGCGAGGUAACCUUCGAGUGGGCGGCCAAAGGUCGUCGCCGUGUCAGCGUGUACCCCGUGGUUGCUGCCGAAGCAGUGGCAGCUUAGGAAGCGAACAACAUGAAAGCAGAUAUUCACCCCCAGUACUUCAGCGCCACCGUCACCUGCUCUUGCGGCAACGUGUUCCAGACUGGCGCAACCAAACCGGCCAUGCGCGUCGAAGUUUGCGGACGUUGCCACCCGUUCUACACGGGCGAACAGCGCAUCGUCGACACCCAGGGGCGCAUCGAACGAAUGCGGCGCAGGUUCAACCUGGACGACUGACGCCGCAACUGUUGGCACCAGAAACCCGCAACGGGAGCCGCCAUCGGCUCCCGUUUUGCUAUCCGGCAAAACCGAGGCACUCGUUGCACUUGUCCCAACCAGCUUGCGUCCCCUCCUCUUGCGUCCCAUCUGGAGGUAGUCUAAUGCCACGCUACGUCCCCAAAACCGUGCGCGAAUAUGGACGUAUGCAUCUGGCGGAACGCUUGCUGGAAAACGGUUGGCAGUGCUUCAUCGCCAGACGCAGCCCCAAUGAGGACGAGGUGAUAGCCGGCAUCCCGGCCGUUGAGCGAGAGGUGCGCCUCAAGUUUCAUUCUCAAGAAGGCAGCCAGGCGGUGCGAUUCUACGAUGCUGAAGGCCUGGACUGGGAUUGGCAAUGCCUGGUGAUAACCACUUCCGUGCUGGAACAAACGCCGGUUACAUACCUGAUGCUCCGAACCGACGUGCAGGCUGAAGGUCGCCUGGAGGAGGAAUUUGAGGGCGCAUGGUGGCUACACCCCGACGUGUUUUGCGUGUACGAUUUUAAAGAAGCGUGGCACAAGCUGGCCGGGUUAUGA